UAGUCUCAUGGUAUCCUCAAUCUUCGAAGACAGUGGGAGCCAGUAAGCCACGAGGAACAUCAUUCAAAUAUUUUAUUUACAGAUAAACUGUUACCAUACAAUUACCAUCAUACAAAAUUUCUGAUAUCAAGUUUUUCCUCAACCAAACUCAGAACUUCAUCUUAGUUAAGUUCUUUCUACUUUCUCCUCCACUAAAUUUUACAUCAAUGGAGAAAAUAGUACUUUACCCAUCACCAGGCAUAGGCCAUUUAAUCUCCAUGGUAGAGCUUGCUAAACUCCUCUUAACUCACUCAUCUUCUCUCUCUUCUAUAACAAUUCUCAUCCCAAAUUUUCCUUUUAUUACAGGCUCUUACUCCUCUUAUAUCUCAUCUAUUUCUUCAUCUUUUCCUUCAAUCACCUUUCUUUCUCUUCCUUCUGUUCCUCUCCUUCAUGGAGAUUCUUCCAACUAUGAAAAUAUGGAGCAACUUACAUACGAAACACUUCGUAAUAACAACCCUAAUGUUCUUCAAUCCCUUCAAUCAUUAUCUGUAUCAUCUCCAGUUUCUGCUUUUAUUAUUGACUUCUUUUGCUACAAUGCUGUUGAAAUUUCACAAUCUCUUAAUAUACCCACUUACUUUUUCUUCACUUCUGGUGCUUCUGCUCUAGCUUUCUUCCUUAACUUCCCGGUAUUCGACAAAAUCUCCUCUGAGCCUUAUAGGAAUCUCAAGGUUUCAUUUGAGAUUCCUGGGUUGUUCUCUGUUCCUGCUGAUCAUAUGCUAGAACCAAUGCUUGAUCGUGGUGUUAGUUAUUAUGAGUUUGUUAAAAUGGCUGAAACUUUGCCUAAAUCUGAUGGGAUUAUUAUCAAUACUUUUGAGUCAUUAGAGGUUAAAGCUGUUAUGUGUUUGAAACAGGGAAUUUGUCUUCCUAGUACUACAAUUCCUCCUGUUUAUUGCAUUGGUCCUUUGAUUGCGAAACAAGGUGAUAAUAAUGUGAAGAACAAAGAUGAAGAUAAACAUAAACAUGAGUGUCUUAAAUGGCUCGACUCACAACCUAGUAAAAGUGUUGUGUACUUAGGUUUUGGGAGUAGAGGUGUGUUUUCUAAGGAGCAAUUAUGGGAGAUAGCUUUUGGGUUGGAAAAGAGUGGAGUUAGAUUUUUGUGGGUUGUUAGGGCACCACCUAGUAAGAGUAAAGGUGAUGCAUUCUCAAAUCAGGAUGAGCCAAAUUUCGACACGAUCCUUCCAUAUGGUUUUUUGGAUAGGAUUAGAGAUAGAGGCCAUGUAGCUAAGUCAUGGGUACCGCAAAUUGCGGUAUUGGGUCAUGAGUCGGUUGGUGGAUUUGUGAGUCAUUGUGGAUGGAACUCGACUUUAGAGGCAGUAGAUACUGGUGUGCCUUUAGUAGCAUGGCCACUUUAUGCCGAGCAAAGAUUUAAUAAGAUCUUGCUUGUGGAGGAGAUAAGGAUUGCGUUACCAAUGGAUGAAUCGGAAGAUCGAUUUGUGAGUUCGAGUGAGAUUGAGAAACGAGUUAAGCAAAUUGUGGACUCGGAAGAAGGCGAGAUUAUAAGGAAACGAAUGUUGGAUUUGAAAGCUAAGGGUAGGAACACGCUCAAUGAAGGAGGUCCAUCGCAUGUGGCAUUGACUACAUUAGUCGAAUCAUGGAAAAAAUAAAGGGAACUCACUAGUCGAAUUGCAUAUUAGAACUUACUAAAAUUUGAAGUUGCUCCUAUAAAAAAAAUUGAUGUUGCUAGUAGUCUUUAGCUUUGAGUUAUAUUGAACUUCGGAAAAGAAUUGUAUGCCUUUUCUCUAUUAUUCUCAAAACUCUAUUGGUUAGAAAUAAGGGUGAGCGAGUUGCAGUAUGAACAUAUAUGUCCGUCAUUUGUUAUUGUUGUUGUGUCAAAUAUUUAUCUCAUAUUAAGAAGAGUGUUUUUUUACAA